CCAGGCAAGCGUCGGGCCGCCAACGAUUCGGGCGCGAGCGGUCGGCUGAGGAGGAAAGCGGGGCCUCCCUGUUGGGGCCGGGCGCAGUAGCGACCCCACGGAACGGGGCUUUCGGGGCUUCCGGAAUAAGCAUGCACCCCGAGACCUCGGAGCCCGUGGUGGACGGGCCGGCGGAGCAGGGCUGCGCGCAGGAGCCGGGCGUGGAGGAGUCGGCGGGCGACCACGGGGACGCAGACCUGGGGGGCCGCAAGGAAGCAAUUGAUGAUCCUAAGGAAACACGUGUGGGUCCUUCUGACCUACGCUACCCAAGCGAGCAGAAACAGAGUGGCAAUAGCGGGGCAGACGGUCACUUAGGACACCAGACAGAUGACAAGGGAGACCACGGUCCCAGAAUGACUAAACGUUUUAUACAGAAACUCUGCAAGCAACACCAACUUUACAUUACCCCAGCAUUGAACGACACGCUGUAUUUACACUUUAAAGGUUUCGAUCGCAUCGAGAACCUGGAAGAGUACACGGGGCUGCGUUGCCUCUGGCUGGAGUGCAACGGGAUACAGAGAAUCGAGAAUCUGGAGGCCCAAACCGAAUUGCGAUGUCUCUUCCUGCAAGUGAACUUGCUUCAUAAAAUCGAGAACUUAGAGCCUCUGCAGAAGCUGGAUGCCCUCAACCUGAGCAACAAUUUCAUCAAGACCAUUGAAAACCUCUCCUGCCUGCCGGUCCUGAACACGCUCCAGAUGGCCCACAAUCACUUAGAGACCGUGGAAGACAUUCAGCAUCUAAAGGAGUGUUUGAAACUUUGCGUCCUCGACCUUUCCCACAAUAAGCUGAGUGAUCCCGAAAUCCUGAGCGUCCUGGAGAGCAUGCCUGACUUGCGUGUACUGAAUUUGAUGGGAAACCCCGUUAUCAAGCACAUCGCUAACUAUCGAAGGACGGUCACCGUACGACUAAAACAUCUAACCUAUCUGGAUGACAGACCAGUUUUCCCAAAGGACAGAGCUUGUGCCGAGGCCUGGGCCAGGGGCGGGCUCGCAGCUGAGAAAGAAGAGAGAGAGCAGUGGGAGAGCAGAGAGCGGAAGAAGAUCACGGACAGCAUCGAAGCCCUAGCGAUGAUUAAGCGGCGGGCAGAGGAGAGAAAACUUCAGAAAGCCAGCCAGGAGGAAGGGAAGGAGCCGGUGCCAGACGAGAAGGACAACGUGGAUGCCACCGAGGAAGGGAAGGAAGAGCCUGGUGAGGAGGGAGGGCGGCGGCAGAAAAUGGAGCUGUUUGUCAGGGAAAGCUUCAAGGCCAAGGAUGAGCUAUUCCCGGAAAAGUCGGGUCUCGUGGGGGAGCUGCCCGUGGACGUCACCGGAGCCACUGAAGGCCAGGGGCCAGGGGGGGCACCCCUGGAGGAGACCCUGAAGCCGGCCACCCCCGGAGCUGCCUGCGGAGACGCGCCCCCCCAGACUGCGGCCACCGAGGGUGCGUUAGGCACGGGACUUGAUGGAGAGGAAGACUUGGGAACCACCAAAUCGGAGGCAAAGGAGAAGCUCUUCAUCGAUGACCUGCCCGACUUGGAGGACGAGGACACCGGCGAGCCUCUGGACGGCCAGGACGAGGUGUGCGCUCCAAAGGUUACAGCCAUCUCGAGCUCGAGUGACGACAGUGACCCUGAGCUGGACUACUCCUCACUCCCAGAGCUGGAAAACAUCCCAGAUACCCUUUCAAACAUAUUCGCAAUCCCCAAGGACACCUCGAGGAAGGCUGAGACGCCCUUUACAGGCAUACUGAAAGCGGCAACAGCAAAGAGGGUCUUGGAAACCCCAAGUCUCAGGGACACUAAGUCCCCACGCCCACUGAUUCAAGAGCUCCACGACGAGGGACCUUCAGGCCAACCACCGACGCCCCCAACCUGCGGAAGGGACACCGCACCGCCCCCUUCCAGUGAGGACGGGGACAGCGGCCUACUCUCAGCCUCUCCCCCAGGAAACACCGCCGAGAAGAACGGGCCACGGUUGGAGACGGAGCUCGCAGAGCCCGAGGCGGGAGGCCGCGAGGACACUGAAUUUGGCUCGGACUGAACCCCAAGGUGACCCUUGACUGACGCCCCUAGACUGACGGGGACAGUGAACCCGUGACCAGGGCCCCCCGUGGGCGCAGCCCCCCUCGGCCGGGCUCCCCUUGCUUCCAAAGAGCUGCCCGCCCUUGCUGAGGGCGCCGGGUGCCCGGCUCCCCCCAUGCUGGCACCCCCCCCCCAAGUGUGGACGGCGCUGCAGUCCCACUCAAAAGCACAACGUGUCGCCCCCCUCCACCCCCCCAUCCUCCACGGUGUGAACUCUGUAACCACGCACGUCUCCCACGAGCAUUACAGACACGCCAGGA